AUGCCUUCCCUAAGUGAACAAGAACUUGAUGAGUACGCUACUGCUUUUGCUUCAUUUGAUACUGGUUCUGGGACUAUAACAUUUGAAGAAUUAGGUGUUAUUAUGAGUUCCCUCAUCACACCUCCGACUGAAUCACAAAUUGAGCGCAUGGUUACCGAUAUUGAUCCUGAUAGCAACGGUAAGGUGUACUUUGCAGUUUUUCUCACUAUUAUGUCCCGCCAUGUUAAAGUCGCUGAUACUAGAAAGGAAAUCUCUAAUGCAUUUCGAGUUUUUGAUAAGGAAGGUACAGGCUUCAUGCCAACUGAUAAGCUUAGAUAUAUUAUGACUAACAUAGGCGAGACCCUUACUGAUGAAGAUGUAGACAAAAUGCUGUCUGAGGCUGAGAUUGAUGAGAAUGGGCUACUAGACUAUGAGAAACUAGUUGAUGUUAUGUUUUCCAAGUAA